AGGCUGAGGAGGGUCGGCUGACCAACCUUUACCUUCCCGGCGCCUUCAGCCGCAAACGCUGCCUCUAAAGAAGAGAAUCACCAAACUGAAUGGCAGGGAUUUUGCACUUGGUGGUUCAGAGGCCGCCAGGCAAUCUCCAGACUGUGACAAAAGGGGUGGAGUCUCUCAUUUGUACAGAGUGGAUUCGUCACAAAUUUACCAGGUCAAGAAUUCCGGAUAAAGUGUUUCAACCUUCACCUGCAGAUCAUGAAAAAUAUGGUGGGGAUCCCCAAAACCCCCAUAAACUGCAUAUUGUUACCAGAAUAAAAAGUACAAUAGGACGUCCAUACUGGGAAAAAGAUAUAAUAAAGGUGCUUGGAUUAGAAAAGGCACAUACUCCUCAAAUUCACAAGAAUAUCCCCUCGGUGAAUGCAAGAUUGAAAGUGGUUAAACAUUUGAUUAGAAUCCAGCCACUGAAACUGCCACAAGGCCUUCCAACAGAGGAGGACAUGUCUGACACGUGCCUCAAGAGCACUGAGGAGCUGGUAGUGCGGUGGCGCCUAAAGCCUGUGGGGCAGGAAGGAAUUGAGUCCUAAUGCCAGAGGGGUUUCAGAUUUUUAAAAACGCAAUUGUUUUUAUUUAAAGAUGGUGAGAACGUAUUUUCAUUAAAAUGUAUUUUAAAUAUCA